AGUUGAACUUUCCCCCGAACAUUCACCUCCUCUGUUCCCGUCUUUUCCCCCACUUGCCUUGACGUAUCCCUUCAUUAUAUAUUUCUAACAUGGCUAUGAAGAGGAAAUUCGACUUUGAGGACGCGUCUCCUAAUAACUGCAAACAGCAGAAACUUGUCCCAUUCCCUCAUUAUGGUUCUGAUGAUGAUAUGGAUAGCAUGAUGACUGAAGCAGAACCUUUUUAUGCUCAUACUCGAUUCUCAUCCAACGCAAGCUCAACUUCAAGUACCACGUCUAAUUCACCCGCCACACCUCCUUUCAAUUAUCCCUCCUUCGAUAUCUAUCCUAUUCAAGACGAUCCGAUGCACACAGAUGAACUCGCGUCUUCCCCUCAAAUCCCUUCGUCUCCAGUUGGCCUCCUUCAGCCUUCGAGUGCCUUCCAGCAUCAUGGUUCUAAUUGUUCUCAAAUACCGAAACUCCGAGUCGCUUGCGCAUCUGGACUGAACGGUAAACGUACAAUGUGGAGUUUCUGCGAACAGUGUGGUUCAAUUUCCAUGGUUAAUCAAGACUAGUCCCAACGUCAAAAUCACUCAUCAUAACCUCACAACCCACCGAAAGCUCGCUUCAUGCUCCUCCCGUCGGUUCCCCAAUCAUCCUCCCUUUCUCUCCUUAGUGUAUUAUAAUUGCUCUUUCUCUCAUUCUACCGCCGUGCUUGUUAGUGGAACAUUCCUCGUCUUUGCUCUUUGACCCUCCCUUUCACAAUCACUUUUCAUAUUCCCCUAUUUAUAACUAGGUUCUCUGGGGGACGAUUAAAUUAUUUACUUUCGAGUUAUAUUUCUCCUUUUUCUGUUGUUUCUUCCCAUUUGGUUGUUUGCCUUGUUUAUAUCUCCGGUUUCCUCGCCGACAACUCGCCUCGUCAACGUCCAUCUCAAAAGACCAGGUUAUUCGCCGCUGGGAACAAAACAAAUUAAUGUCUGCACCUCGAGUCGCUUUCUCUGUCCUCUCUCUGCUGUAUAAUAGUUGGUAUGGUUCGCUCAUACAUUCGCUUUGUUCAUGCUAGAAUGCUCAAUACACUCGUACUGAUUUACAUCUACUUUUGAUCUGACUCCG